AACGACGCCUCGACGAGCAGCCAGUCCGAGAUGUACCUGACCUUCAAGGUGGGCGACGACGAAUUCGGCGUGCCGAUCGUGCGGGUUCGGGAGAUCAUUGGCAUCCUGCCGAUCACCCAGGUGCCGGACGGGCCCGAUAGUAUCCGUGGCGUCAUCAACCUCCGCGGCCGGGUGAUCCCGGUUAUGGAUCUACGGUGGCGAUUCCGCAUGGACGGGGACACCACAUCGUUCCCCCGGGCCUGCAUCAUCGUCGCCGAGGUCCAGCAGGGCGGCCGCUUCGUCGAUCUAGGGCUGCUGGUUGACGCGGUGCGUGAGGUCUUCACGCUCGAGGCCCGCGAAGCGCAUUCUUCCGAGGACUUCCAGGCCACGAUCGAGCAGAGCUGCAUCGCCGGUCUGGCGAACGACGAGAGCGGCAUCAAGAUCCUGAUCAACGUCGACAGCGCCAUGCUGAUCGAAUCACUCGACGACGCCCUCUUCGAGCAAUACCGCGGACUGAUACAGAAGCUGUCGGGCGUCACGCUCGCGGACGCCAAGCACAGCUUCCUGCAGACUAGGCUCCGUAGCCGCCUGCACGCCGCCGGCUGCGAGUCGUUUGCGGUGUACUACGAGCUGCUCGAAGGCGGCGCGGACGGCGCCGAGGUGAAGCGCUUUAUCGACGCCGUCACCACCCACCACACGUUCUUCUUCCGUGAGGCCCAUCACUUCGAGCUUCUGGCCCGGCACGUCGCCGCGAAGUCCAAUGCUGGGCAGACACGGUUCCGGUUCUGGUCGGCCGCCUGCUCGACGGGGGAAGAACCCUACUCGCUGCUGAUGACGCUUGCCGAACGGCUCGGCGACGGCGGCCUCGCGCGGCUGGACCUCAAGGUCCUGGCGACCGACAUCUCCGCGCCGACGCUCCGCAAGUCGGCCGAGGGCGUUUACGCACAAGAGCAGCUGCGCGGCCUUUCGCCCGAGCGACUGCUGCGCCAUUUCAAACCGGCCGGCGACGGCGGUUCGUACCAAGUGACCCGUCAACUCCGCGACCUCGUGACGCAUGCAGAGUUGAACUUGGUGCAUCGGCCUUUCCCGAUGAAGGGACGCUUCGACGCGAUCUUCUGCCGCAACGUGCUGAUUUACUUCGACCCACCAACCCAAGUCGAUGUCCUGCGCCGCAUGGCGGCUCGGCUUGCGCCGGGCGGGCUGCUGUUCGUCGGCCUCACCGAAACCGCGAUGCACGCCGAGCUCGACCUCGAGUUCGUCGCCCCCGCCGUCUAUGCCCGCCGCCACGAGUGCGGCCCGUCCAGUGCAGGCAUGGCGCAGGACGCCGUCCCGGCUUUCGCCAGCUGA